AUGAGCCGCCAGCUGACCCACUACCAGGGCGGGGAGCGUCGGGGCUUCAGCGGCUGCUCGGCCAUUAUCUCGGGCCGGCUCUGCAGCAGCUCUGCCAGUGGGCGGGCAGGGAGCUAUGGGUUUGGCCGGGGCCGGGCCAGUGGCUUUGCUGGCAGCAUGUUUGGCAGUGUGGCCCUGGGGCCUGUGUGUCCAACCGUGUGCCCACCCGGGGGCAUCCACCAGGUUACCAUCAAUGAGAGCCUCCUGGCGCCUCUCAACGUGGAGCUGGACCCUGAGAUCCAACGAGUGCGAGCCCAGGAGCGCGAGCAGAUCAAGGCGCUGAACAAUAAGUUCGCCUCCUUCAUCGACAAGGUGCGGUUCCUGGAGCAGCAGAACCAGGUGCUAGAGACCAAAUGGAACCUGCUGCAGCAGCUGGACCUGAAUAACUCCAGGAACAGCCUGGAGCACGUUUAUGAGAGCUAUGCCAGCAGCCUGCGGAAGACGCUGGAGACCCUGUCUGGGGACAGGGUAAGGUUGGACUCGGAGCUGAGGAGCAUGCAGGACCUGGUGGAGGACUACAAGAAGAGAUAUGAGGUGGAGAUUAAUAGACGCACAGCUGCUGAGAAUGAGUUCGUGGUGCUCAAGAAGGACGUGGAUGCCGCUUACAUGAACAAGGUUGAGCUCCAGGCCAAAGUGGACUCCUUGACAGACGAGAUCAAAUUCUUCAAGUGCCUCUAUGAAGGGGAGAUUACUCAGAUCCAGUCCCACAUCAGUGACACAUCCGUCAUCCUAUCCAUGGACAACAACCGAGAUCUAGACCUGGACAGCAUCAUUGCUGAGGUCCGUGCCCAGUACGAGGAGAUCGCUUUGAAGAGUAAGGCCGAGGCAGAGGCUCUGUAUCAAACCAAGAUCCAGGAGCUACAGGUCACGGCAGGCCAGCAUGGGGAUGACCUCAAACUCACCAAGGCUGAGAUCUCGGAGCUCAACCGGCUGAUCCAGAGGAUCCGCUCGGAGAUAGGGAAUGUGAAGAAGCAGUGCUCCAACCUGGAGAUGGCCAUUGCUGAUGCUGAGCAGCGGGGGGACUGUGCCCUCAAGGAUGCCCGGGCCAAGCUGGAUGAGCUGGAGGGUGCCCUGCACCAGGCCAAGGAGGAGCUGGCCCGGAUGCUACGCGAGUACCAGGAGCUUCUGAGCGUGAAGCUGUCCCUGGACAUUGAGAUCGUCACCUACCGCAAGCUGCUGGAGGGCGAGGAGUGCAGGAUGUCUGGUGAAUAUCCAAAUUCCGUGAGCAUCUCCGUCAUCAGCAGCACCAACGCUGGGGCAGGAGGGACUGGCUUCAGCGUGGGCUUCGGCGCCUCGGGCAGUUACAGCUGCAAACCUGCAGCGGGAGAUGUCAAGACCAAAGGCAGCUGUGGCAGUGAGUUCAAGGAUCCCCUUAGCAAAGCCUCGGGCAACAGCUGUGCGACCAAAAAGGCCUCCAGAUGA